GUACGCUGGAAUUUUCUGAUACCCACUCGGACAUGUCCUAUGUCUUCAUCAACGACUCGUUGCAGACCAGCGUGCCUCAGCUGCAAGCCUGCAUCGAUGGAGACUUGCCAUUCGCCAAGAGGCUCCUGGAGACGGGGUGUGACCCCAACAUCCGGGACAACCGGGGCCGCACCGGCCUCCACCUAGCCGCCGCCCGCGGGAACGUGGACAUAUGUCGCCUCCUGCACAAGUUUGGGGCCGAUCUGCUGGCUACAGAUUAUCAAGGAAAUACGGCGUUACAUUUGUGCGGUCAUGUGGAUACCAUCCAGUUUCUGGUGUCCAACGGGUUGAAGAUUGAUAUCUGUAACCACAACGGGUCGACCCCCUUGGUUUUGGCGAAGAGACGCGGCGUCAACAAGGAUGCCAUUCGACUUCUGGAGGGACUGGAGGAACAAGAAGUGAAGGGCUUCAACAGAGGAGCCCACUCCAAACUGGAGACCAUGCAGAUGGCUGAUAGUGAGAGUGCCAUGGAGAGCCACUCUUUACUGAACCCCAACCUGCAGAGCAGCGAGGGGGUCCUGUCCAGCUUCCGCACCACCUGGCAGGAGUUUGUGGAGGACCUGGGCUUUUGGAGGGUCCUGCUGCUGCUGGUGGUCAUCGCCCUCCUCUCCCUCGGCAUCGCCUACUACGUCAGCGGUGUGCUGCCUUUCUCCAGCAGUCAGCUGGAGCUGGUUCACUGA